AUGGCUCCCGUGGACGACAGCUCGUCUCAGGCAACAGCAGGACCUAGAAAUCGUCCACAGCGACAUGCAGAACGCCCGCUGCUCGAAGCGCAUGGUCAUGAAUACAUCAGCGCACAUAUUCUCUCAUACCUGACACCCACUGCAUAUAAUAAUAGACUGCACAGAGCGUGCAUGCAGAAAGACAUUAGCGGAUGCUUCACACAGGCACAGCAUGACUACACACUGACUAUGUAUUUCCAGCAAGCCUGGCGAGACAAGCGUCUGUCCUAUUCUGAGAUUCCUCUUAACCUGACGCUGGAUAACCGGGUAGCCGAUCAGCUGUGGGUGCCAGACACAUACUUCCUAAACGACAAGAAGUCGUUUGUACAUGGUGUGACAGUGAAGAACAGAAUGAUCCGUCUCCAUCCAGAUGGCACUGACUACACACUGACUAUGUAUUUCCAGCAAGCCUGGCGAGACAAGCGUCUGUCCUAUUCUGAGAUUCCUCUUAACCUGACGCUGGAUAACCGGGUAGCCGAUCAGCUGUGGGUGCCAGACACAUACUUCCUAAACGACAAGAAGUCGUUUGUACAUGGUGUGACAGUGAAGAACAGAAUGAUCCGUCUCCAUCCAGAUGGCACUGUGCUUUAUGGGCUCAGGAUCACGACCACUGCCGCCUGCAUGAUGGACUUGCGCAGAUACCCGCUUGAUGAGCAGAACUGCACGCUGGAAAUCGAGAGCUACGGCUACACCACAGAUGAUAUUGAGUUUCACUGGCGAGGAGGUGACCAUGCAGUAACGGGGGUUGAAAGGAUAGAGCUCCCUCAGUUCUCUAUAGUGGACUACAAACUCAUCUCUAAAAACGUGGUGUUUUCUACAGGUUCGUAUCCUCGCCUCUCCCUGAGCUUUAAGCUGAAGAGAAACAUUGGCUACUUCAUUCUGCAGACCUACAUGCCCUCCAUCCUAAUCACCAUCCUGUCCUGGGUAUCCUUCUGGAUCAACUAUGAUGCCUCGGCUGCCAGGGUUGCUUUAGGUAUCACCACUGUGCUGACCAUGACCACCAUCAACACACAUUUGCGGGAGACGCUUCCAAAGAUCCCGUAUGUCAAAGCCAUUGACAUGUACCUGAUGGGCUGUUUCGUCUUCGUCUUCCUGGCUCUGCUGGAGUACGCGCUGGUCAACUACAUCUUCUUCGGCAGAGGACCGCAGCGGCAGAAGAGAGCUGCAGAGAAAGCCUCCAUAGCCAACAAUGAAAAAAUGAGAAUGGAUCCCAACAAAUGGUUGGUGGGAAAUGUAGUUCAGAGAGACGAUACUCUGUAUGCCAGAAUGAAACAGAGGGAUAUUGACUCCAUGCAUGACUCCAUGUGGGAACCGAUCUUUGUGGAUGAUGCAGCAUUAGGACUAGGCGAUUCAAAAAAUAAGCCAGCAGUUAAGGAAUCUCUUGGCUUCCUCGAUGAAAAAGAGUAA